AUGCAUAUCUACCGCCGACAGGCCAGAAACCUAGCCUGGUAUGACUCGGAAGGUGAACCAUCCAACCACAACCCCUUCAAGAAGUUCCGGGCGCGACCUCGUCGGUCGAACUCGAUCCAGCUCGAAAGCAGACUCGCUCCCGUCCGUUCCGCGGGCGAUGUACAUCUAUCUGAGGACCGUCGUCGGCGCAGAGACAUGACAGAUGGACUGACGGGUCCCGACCAUGCUGAUACGUAUCCCCCUGAGUCAGCGGGGACUGAUGACCAUCUUGGCCAGGUGGAUAGCGUGGAGAAAGCAGGUCCCGAGCCGUCCAUGCACAGUAGUGAACCUAUCAAUGUUUCGUUCUCGGAUAAUCCCAAGGAUGGGGAUGGGAACGCUCGAAAGAGGAGAACCCUCCUGGGUAGGUUUGCGCAUUCUGCGGCUGAUGAGCCGAGUGAUUCGUCCGACUCGGUCAAGGGUCGCGAUAGACAGAAGUUCACUCUUGUGGGUCAGCUUAAGGCGACGGUGUUCAAUUCCUGGGUGAAUGUGCUCAUUUUGGCUGCUCCGGUGGGAAUUGCGUUGAAUUAUGUGGAUGUCGACCCGGUGGCUGUCUUCGUGGUGAAUUUCAUCGCUAUAAUUCCCCUCGCAGCGAUGCUCAGCUACGGAACAGAAGAAAUCGCCAUGCGAACCGGAGAAACCAUCGGUGGUCUUCUAAACGCUAGCUUCGGAAACGCCGUCGAAUUGAUCGUAGCGAUCAUCGCUCUCGUGCAUAAGGAGUACGAUAUCGUCCGAACCUCCCUGAUCGGGAGUAUGUUAUCGAAUCUGCUGCUCGUCAUGGGGAUGUGUUUCUUCUUCGGCGGUGUCAACCGUCUCGAACAGCAUUUUAAUCCAGUUGUCGCCCAGACGGCGGCCAGUCUUCUUGCGCUGGCUGUGGCGAGUUUGAUUAUUCCUACUGCGUUUCAUCAAUGGUCACAGGCGGGUGGUACGGCAGUCGCUCAGCUGUCGCGAGGAACCAGCGUUAUCCUCCUCGUCGUCUACGGAUGUUACCUCUUCUUCCAACUAAAAUCCCACACGGAGAUGUACAACCAACCCAGUCCGAAGGUGGAAAAGCGUCGUCAGAAGAUCACCGGCGGUGACGCCAGUCGGGGGAUUGCGCAGAUCGGAAAGAUGAGCGCGACGAUGGCGGGUCAGAACGCGCAGCAGAUGCAGCUGCAGGACCCGGAGGACGAGCCCGAACAGCCGCAGUUGAGUAUCUGGGUGGCGUUCCUGACACUGGGGAUUUCCACGGCUUUCGUGGCGUUGUGUGCGGAGUUCAUGGUCGAUUCCAUCCAUGCUCUUACGGAGCGAGGGAACGUCUCGGAGACUUUUGUUGGGUUGAUUCUGUUGCCGAUUGUGGGAAACGCGGCGGAACAUGCCACUGCGGUUACUGUGGCUUGUAAGGAUAAAAUGGACUUGGCGAUCGGAGUGGCGGUGGGUUCGAGCAUGCAGAUUGCGUUAUUGGUGUUGCCGCUGAUUAUUGUGCUCGGAUGGUGUAUGGGGAAGGAUGAAAUGACUCUCUAUUUUGAUGCGUUCCAAGUGAUUCUGCUCUUUGUAUCAGUUCUCUUGGUGAAUUAUCUGAUUGCCGACGGAAAGUCACAUUGGCUGGAAGGCGUUCUACUGAUGAUGAUGUACUUGAUUAUUGCUCUAGCGUCUUGGUUUUAUCCCACCCAGGACGGUAAGCAAGUUGCAUAG